UCACUGUCCUUUGAUAACCCUGAUUGUCCUGACCUGCAGCUGACCAUGGGUGCAGUAAUUGUGGAAGAAAUUAGGGUGGCUGUAGAAGAAGCCACCGGAUUCAGGUGUUCAGCUGGGAUUUCACACAAUAAGACACUGGCAAAAUUGGCCUGUGGGUUAAACAAGCCCAACCGCCAGACGCUCGUAUCUUCGCGAUUCGUCCCGCAGCUCUUCAGCCAACUGCCUGUCAGCAAUAUCCGUAACCUGGGAGGCAAGCUGGGCACUGCCAUCACAGACAUCCUGGGAGUACAGUACAUUGGGGAGCUGACACAGUUCAGUGAGACAGAGCUCCAGACUCAUUUUGGAGACAAAACUGGGUCCUGGCUCUAUGACUUGUGUAGAGGAAUUGAAGAUGAACCUGUCAAAAACCGGUACCUGCCUCAGUCCAUUGGCUGCAGCAAGAACUUUCCUGGGAGGACAGCCCUUGCCACGCAGAAGGAGGUGCAACACUGGCUCCUGCAGCUGGCCUUGGAGCUGGAAUCCAGACUGAUCAAGGACAGGAGCCAGAACCACCGAGUGGCCAAGCAGCUGAUGGUGGUCAUCCGCAUGCAGGGAGACACCCGGGCGUCGCGCUUUUGCGCUCUGACCCGCUAUGAUGCCCAGAAGAUGUGCAACGAUGCCUUUGCCCUCAUCCAAAACUGCAACAUGGCUGGGGCUCACCAGGCGGCCUGGUCUCCACCGCUUAUAUCUGUGCUUCUCUCAGCAAGCAAGUUCUCAGAGCCUGCCACGCUCCUCUCUGCAGGCAUCGCCACCUUCUUGACGAGUGACACCCAGACUGAUGGCACUGCCACCGACAGCCAAAACUCCACAUCUUCUAGGAGGCCCAGGGUCAAGUUCUUCAGGAGCCCAAGCAAAGAGCUGAGGCAGAAGCCAGCUAAUGCUAUUGAGUCAUUCUUCCAAAAGGCGGCAGAAAGGCAGCAGUCAGAAACGGCGGCAGCAACCAGCCUGCCCGCUGCUACCGCUGCAGAGCCACCUGUGCCCAGCUCCCCGGAGCACCGAGAGAGAGGGGGCGUUGGACUUGCCCCUGUGCAGUGUGACCCGGAGUCCCCUGUGAAGCAGAGUGCCAGAGAUGGGAGUCCUACUUCUCCUUACAAGAGGCUUCCCUGUGAGAAGUUGCUGUCUGAUGCUACGCAAACACCCUCGAUUCCAUCUAGCUCCAGGACCUUUCUGAAAUUAGAGCCAGGUACAGAGGGAAGUGAGCAGAAUUUGCCCCCCUCUCCUGAGCUCACCUGGCUACCUCCUGCCUCUCCAGGGGACCAGCAGCGCUGUGAGAAGUGUGGUGAGCUGGUGCUGGUGUGGGAGUUCCCAGAGCACAUGGACUACCACUUUGCUCUGGAACUGCAAAGCUCCUUCCUGGAUCUUAGCGCUCCUACAGCUCCAGUCGCAGCUCCCAGCCCAAAAGCUGCAGCUUCCAGGUCUCCUGCCAAGGCAAAGAACAAGCCCAAGACUCCAGCAGGAUCUAGUGCAAAACGACCCAGAGAAGGUGUGACAAAAACUUUAGAUUUUUUCUUUAAGCGCUUACCUCCUUAA